CCGGUGUACCUGUAGAAUCUUCCCUGUUCCAGCUGCUGUCGGCCAUUUUCUUAUAAAGCAAACAAUUAUUCUUCGUAAUUAGUCGUUAAUAUUUGAUGUCGUAGGGUAUUCUGAGCAUGAUCUGAUCAAAAUGCCAAAAAAAAAGAAGAGAGCAGGUGUUUCUGGUCGGCGUCAUAAAUACCAUUAUUUAAAAAAGACAAAACAUGAAAGCAGUGAAAAUGUGAAUCCUGAAAUAAACUUUGAAUGUGACAGUAAACAGACAGUCCAGCGUGAAUUCACUGAUGUAAAUGUUCAAACCAUUCAGACAGAAUUUGAAGAUGCUAGUGUUCAAGCAAUACCUGAAUCUAGUGAUAUAUCUGUGCAUACUAUAGAAAGGGAUACUGAUCAUACAUAUGCAAACAGUUAUACCGAUUAUUCAAGUGAUGACAGUUUUAGUAAUGCAGAACUUUAUUCUAGUGUAAAUGAAUCGCAUGAAGCUAUGGAGCAGAUAGAGUCCAUAUACAUUGAUUGUGGGGACGAAGUUGUUGAGUCCCUUUCUUUUAAAGAAUUUUCUUCAGCUGUCAAGAAAGGAUUGAGCAGUAAAACUAGGAGCUAUAGUGUACACGAAACAGAAUCAGAAUUGACACUCAUAGAUUGCUAUGUUUCUAGUGAAGGUGCUUUAGCAGUGAAAUUGACAGUUAGAUUUAACAAUGACUUUACUUGCAAUGUGUGUGUGCACAGGAAAGAAAUACCAAGAUCACACAGUUUGUGGGAAUGUGCGCCAGAGGUGUUUCAUACUAGCAAAGAUGCCUUGGAUUUCUUGGAAAGACUUGAUAAGUUCUCUGUUUGCUGUGGAAAUUCAGAGGCAGAAUUUCAGCAGUUAGUACCUGUUGGGUCUGGGUUGACAAAAUAUUCCAGCAAUGAUAUUGUGGCAUACAGAGAAGGAAAUUUUGGUGCGCAAUACCAGUCCACAAUAAGAUCAUCUGCGUGUGAGAUGUUGACCUUGCGAAAGGAAAAAUGUCUUAAAUGCAAGGAUUAUGGCUAUGCAUUGACAAAAAGAAUCAAAAGACUCGAGGACAGGAAAGCAACUCCAAGAAGAUUUAGCCAUUCAACAUUCAAACACUCCGACAUGACAAGAGAUGAACUUUGUAGCAAACUGAAAGAGCAAAAAAAUGAAAUUAAUGACCUCUCAAAUACAGUUUGGAAACUUAAAAGACAAUUUGAGCGAGCAAUUUCCAAAAGUGGUGUUAAAAUGAGCGAGCAUGGAAAUAUUGAGUUGAAAACAUUGUUUGCGACUUGUUCCGAGGAAGUUAAGCGACAUUUCCCAGAUAGCAAUUCGCGUCAAAGACUCUUUUGGGAACAACAAGAACUAGCUGCAAGUAAGUCUGAUAAACGUGGGAUGCGCUGGCAUCCAAUGAUAAUCCGUUGGUGUUUGUUCAUGAGACAAAAGUCACAGGUUGCAUAUGAUGCUAUGUGCGAAUCAGGAUUUGUGAAUCUCCCAUCCUCACGUACAUUAUAUGACUAUAGUCACUUCCUAAAAAGUGAGCUAGGAUUUCAGGCUGAUGUACUUCAGCUAGCAAAAAAGGAGGCAGAGAAGACCGGUUUAUAUGAUGCGGAGUGGAGGAAGAAUGUUGGGCUUCUAUUUGAUGAGAUCAAGAUCCGUGAAGAUCUAGUGUACGAUAAACACACUGGUGAAAUCAUUGGUUACUGCAACCUGGGUGACAUUGCUAACCAGAUGAUGGCGUUUGAUGCUAAAAAUGCAGAGACUGGACAUGAAUUGGCAAAACAGGUGCUUGUUAUUAUGAUGAGAAGUGUGUACGGACGUUUAUGUUUUCCCCUCAGUGCAUUUGCCACAAAAUCUAUAACUGCAGACUAUCUCUAUCCAAUUAUGUGGCAGACAGUGUCAAUUGUACAAACUCAACUUGGUCUUCGUGUUCUAUUCUUCACAUGUGAUGGCGCCAGUCCCAAUAGACGAUUUUUUCAUUUGCAUCGUGUUGGAAAUGAGGAGUGCUUAUUCAGGACUGUAAAUCCUAACUACAGAAAUAGACAAAUAUAUUUCAUUUCAGAUGUGCCUCAUCUUAUAAAAACUCUAAGAAAUAACUUGAGUAACUCAUUCUCUCACAACAAAUCCCGUACAUUAUGGAUAAACCAAAAAGAUAUUUCAUGGAUGCACAUAGUAAGACUAUUUGAGGAGCACUGCGAAUUAAACUUGUACAAUCCAUGCCCAAAAUUGACCCGAAACCAUGUUCAUCUGGCCAGUUUUAACUACAUGAAGGUUAAGCUGGCGGCCCAGGUUUUGAGUGACAGUGUGGCCAAUGCCAUGGCAGACUUGUAUGGGCCAGAAACUGAAGAAACAGUCAAAUUCAUAAAAAUGUUCAACAAAUUCUUUGACUGUUUAAACGUAAGAAGUCCGUGGGAAGGUCGAAAUUCAAGAAAUCAAAAUCUGGAGCCAUACAGUGACACAAAUGACAACCGCCUGGACUUUCUUACAGGGGAACUAAUUGAUUAUCUGAAGUCUUGGGAUGAGCAGGUGAAGAACAGAGCUGGAAAUUUCUCUAAGGCCCAAAGGGCGACUAUGCUUUUAAGCUACCAGACGGUUGAAGGUGUAAGAUUAUCUGCUAGAUCAAUUAGUGCAUGUGUGAAACUUUUGCUCAAUGAAGGUGCCAGUUAUGUGCUGACGCAUUGUUUUAACCAAGACCCAUUGGAGCAGCAUUUUGGACAUUACCGACACAAAUGUGGUGGCAAUAACAAUCCAUCAGUGUACGAAGUGAGAAAUACUCUAACAACAAUACGAGCUGUAAAUUCUCAAGCCCUAGCUCCGAAACGUGGUAAUACUGAUAGAGGUCGUGUAGAUAAUUUUUCAAUAGAUAACAAUAAAUUACCCCGAAAGAAGUAAAUGCAUCCAUGUCCCCUUUCACAGAUGAUGAAAAGGCAUUAUGCAUUCCCCCCCCAACACUUAAUUUUUUGCUAAUAUAUAGAGAAAAACACAGGUGAAAAUUUAAAUUAUAUAUGUACUGUUAUAAAAUUACUCUUUGAUAUAUUUAAAAAAAAAGAGUAAUUUUAUAACGGUACAUAUAUAAUUUAAAUUUUCACCAGUGUUUUUCUCUAUAUAUAAUUUUAUAGUCUGUCCCAUCUUUUUGGGCCUCUGCAUUUUUAUUCCUCUUUCAUGCAUUUUUGCUAAUUGUAAAAACAUAUACAUGUAUUUACAUGUAACUGCAGGUUUAAAUAUCUACAGACACAUUUUUGGGCUUAGUUUCGUUAUUGAAAGAUUGUAUCUCUAAGUCUAUAAUUGGAAUGUUAUAAUCUCCAUUGUUGUGUUAAACAAGUGAAAUUACAUCCAGUUUUAUAUUCUGGUUUUUUGUCACAAUUUUCUGCACCCCAUGAUAAGUUUUUGCUGCUUAAUAGAUACUUGUUUUUAAAAAUGUAGAACUUAGCUACAAGAAAAACGCAAGAACAUAUUCGAGGUUUAUAUUAUAAAAUAGUUUGAACUUAACCCGUUGUACUACAGUUUCAUUGGUGCAACCAUUUUGAACACUUAAAAAUUACAUAUGAAGGGGCCCAAAAUUUGAUGGUACGGAUUAUUUUAAGUAUAAUAAAAAACUAUGUACUACUACAUUAUGCUUUUCCUAAUGUGUGUGAUAAUGUUUCCUAGUUUAUAUUGAGCACUAUAGAUUAAUUGUUGUAAUUCUAUUGAAGUUAUGUUUCCUUUGAUCUUGAGCAUUAUAAUCAAUUGUUGUAAUUCUAUUGCAUUUAUGUUCCUUUAUAGAAAAGUUCUGUUGGAAUGAAUUAAGCAUUUUUGAGUCUGAAUACAAAUAUGUUUAUUUAGAAAUGGUUGAAUACUCACAAUAGUUACAGGAUUAAUAUGUAUUAUACCAGACACAGAGCAUCAUUUGUUCUUCAAUUCUACCUCAGUUAAUAUCAUUAUCAUGAAGUCUAAAAGAUCUGUAAUAUGCUUAACAUUAUUUUUUGGCUUCUGAUCAGGAUCCAUUACUUCCGAGUAAUAAUGUGUUGAGAUUUUUUCAAAUGUGUACGUGUACUUGCUGCAGAUUCAUUUUACUUUCUAUAUUUAAAGCGCCUAGACCACAUGUGCUAUUAAUAGUACCAACACUUCGCUAUCUACAAGUUAAUGGACUGACAAAAUAUGAAAUAUAGACGUCUACACUUUGAAAUCUUAACAUGUAAAACAGGCUUGUAGAUAACAAACACAUAUUAAAUUAUAUAGGCAGAACACACGUACAAGUAUGCGUUACAGGUUUGAAAUCUCAACCUCUUUAAUAUAUAAUUUUCGUUUUCGCAAUUCUAGGAUGUUCUUUGUAAAUUGUUUACGUUCCUUUUUUUUCUUAAAUAAUUAAUUUAUUUUGUUAUUAUUAUUUAUUUUCUUCUCUAUUUUUUUCCUGUAAAGUUAAGCUUCUAUUGUCCUUUGUUAGCUCCUAAUUUUUCGUUUUCGCAUUAGGUGCUAUAAUUUCAGAGGAAAAAACCCAUCAAGGAUUAAGAUACGCAUUGAUCUUUAGGAAGUACCUACAUGUAUUCUUUCGAUUGUGUAUGUUGUGUAUGCUGGUUCCUAUUACAAUUACACUGUUUUUCCCUUUUAUCUUGCAAAUGUGCUCUUCAACUGAAUCCACUUGCUCUGUAUUAAUCUAAUGCUAUGACUGUUAUUAUUGUUUUGUAUUAUACGCUUAAAUGUUUUAUUGUUGUAUGUCUUGGCCAUAAUUAAACUCAAAUACAUUGUGAAUGGCCAAAGGCGAAUAUGCUGAUUCGCCAAUAAAUGAUAGUGAUUAAAUAUUUAACAAGAAUUGCAGACUUGCGGAGCUCAGAAAAUCUUCCAGACAGUCGGUCUGACAGGAUCCAUUAAACCGUCAGACCAAAGUAUUUAUAUAAAUUUUAUUUUCUUUAAUUUUUCCAGACAGUCAUUUUAACUAGCUCCUAAAAUCUGUCAGCUUGCUCAAAAGAAAUCUUGUCAAACAUGUCCACUGGGGACAGACAGCUUUCGCGAAGUAUGGAAUAUAUAUAUUUUUUGAUACUGUUUUUUCAUCAUGUGAUACUUUAAUGAAUGCCAUUAUUAAAGUCAUUUUUAACAGAUGAAA